GUUGGAAGAGUAUAGACUCCCCCACUCGGUCCCUAUUUAUUUGCCCUUAUUGUCUCCCUUCAUGAUUCAUCCUAUCCACUCACAGUCACAGUACUUGUGCGUUUUCUCAUUUUUUUUCUCUUUUGUCUUUUUUUACUUUGGUUUCUGUAAAGACUCUUUCUUUCUUACAAUAUUACUAUUGCGGAGUCUAUAUGUAGUGGCUGUUCCAUUUCAGUCGUGGUGAAGCUUCCUCUACCGGUCUAUCUUCGUUAUAUAUUAGUGUUGUGGUGCUUGCAAACCAAACAAGUGGCAAGGAAUCCUGAGUGGGGAAAUGGAAGGAAAAGUGGUGAGUUCAAGAUUCAAGAGAGUUUGCGUUUUCUGUGGCAGCAGUACUGGGAAGCGAAACUGCUACAGAGAUGCUGCCAUUGAGUUAGCCCAAGAGCUGGUAUCAAGGAGGCUGGACCUUGUUUAUGGAGGUGGGAGCAUUGGGCUAAUGGGGCUGGUUUCACAAGCUGUGCAUCGUGGUGGGGGAAAAGUUCUUGGGAUCAUCCCGAGGACUCUAAUGUGCAAAGAGAUAACGGGUGAGGCGGUUGGAGAGGUCAGGCCAGUAGCCGACAUGCACCAAAGAAAGGCUGAAAUGGCCCGCCAUUCUGAUUGUUUUAUUGCCCUACCAGGUGGGUAUGGAACUUUGGAAGAGCUUUUGGAGGUCAUCACCUGGGCCCAACUCGGUAUCCAUGACAAGCCUGUGGGCUUGUUAAACGUUGAUGGCUACUACAACAACCUUCUCACUUUCAUUGACAAAGCAGUGGAUGAUGGCUUCAUCAAGCCAUCCCAGCGCCACAUAAUAGUGUCUGCUCCGAAUGCCAAAGAGCUCGUUCAAAAACUUGAGGAGUACGUGCCUGUGCAUGAUGGAGUCAUGGUCAAGCCAAGCUGGGAGGUUGGGUUCCCACAACAGCAGCAACAACAGGUGGAGUUCAAUGCCACUGCUUUGCAGACUGAGAUAACUCUAUAAAGAGAUCAGACGAGUGAAAUAAAAAGAGAAGAAAAACAAAAGAAAAGGACGGGGAAAAGAAAAACUGCUAGGCUGUUUGUUUCUGCAUUUAUUUUGAGUCAUAUACCAACCAGGAGAGAUGGAAAUUAGAACCAGACCCACAAGGAAAAAAACAGAGAUGAGAGAGAGAGAAUGAGAGGAAACUUUCACAAAAAAGUUGGGUAUUUUCGUAUUUGUAUGUUUCUUAGAAAGACAGGCGAAAUCUGCAUUCCGAGUUAGGUUUUAAGCAUUGUUUUUUUAGCCUCAUAUAAUGUACGAAGAAGUAAGAUCCAAAGAGAGCAGCAGCAGCUAUCUUUCCAUUUCCUUGGCCCCAGGGCCCCGAGUAUGCAUGCCUCCACUGCUGGGUCUUACAGGACAACUCUGAUAUAAAAUCUGAUGGCUACUCUUUACGUGCCCAACA